AUGGCCGCUGAGAUGAGUUCUCGAUCUGUAAAGCAACCUGAUUCAACUUGGGAAUACUGUGGUGUGAAUUUAACCAUUCACAACAUUAUUAUACCUGAGGAGCGUUUAUUUCCUACCCCGUCGCAGCUGGACAAAAUGGAAUAUGAAACGGAGAUUGACUUACGGAUUCUUGGGUGCGAGUUAAUCCAAGACUCUGGGGUUUUGUUACGACUGCCGCAAGUCGCUAUGGCAACUGCGCAGGUAUUGUACCAGCGCUUCUUCUACUCCAAGUCAUUUGUCCGUCACUUCUACGAGCAUUACGCUAUGGCAUGUAUAUUUCUGGCUGCAAAGCUUGAAGAAUCUCCAAGACGUAUUAGAGAUGUAAUCAAUGUUUUUCAUCAUAUAAGACAAGUUCGGGAUAAAAAAACACCAACACCCGUGAUUCUCGAUCAAAGUUACAGUAAUCUUAAAAAUCAAGUUAUCAAGGCUGAACGACGUGUUUUAAAAGAAUUGGGAUUUUGUGUCCAUGCCAAACAUCCUCACAAGCUUGUUAUAUGUUACUUGCAGGCUUUGGACCAUGAAACUAACAAAAACCUUGUACAAGCUGCUUGGAAUUACAUGAACGACAGUCUUCGAACUGAUAUAUUUGUACGUUAUCUUCCGGAAGCAAUUGCAUGUGGUUGCAUUUACCUGGCAUCAUGUAAGCUCAAUAUUCCUCUGCCACGCCAUCCAGCUUGGUGGGAAAUGUUCAGUGUGAGCGAAGAAUCUGUGCACGAAAUCGCUUUAUGUUUGUUGCGUUUAUAUGCUCGUCCAAAGGUAGAUGUUGGGAAACUCGAAUCAGUUCUAGCUCAACUCAGGAAAUCUCAGGCAGAAGCAAAGGAACGAGAAAACGAGCUCAAAAAACAACAAACCGUUACAACACCCCCAAGUACCCGGUCCGACCACAGUUUCGGUUAUAUCUCACCCCCAAAUCAUUUAUCCAAAUCUAAGAAUCAAAACAAGCCUAAUGGGAAUAAGAAGUCAGUAGAGAGUAAAGCUGAGCCUGAAGAUACUACUACUGUUUUCGCUCCAAACUCGCUUUUAGCAAGCGCCUUAGCUAAUGCCAAAGCAGUCGCAGCAACGAUUACAGCAUCAAAAUCUGGUAUGAUCACAGACGAGUUGUCCAAAGUGGGUACUGACCCGUCGAUUGUUCCACAUAUACGCGAACCAAGUGAAGAUGUUUCACCAAGAUCUCCAAAAACACUGGUUGAACCUCAUCAGAUAGAUAAUAUAUCUGAAGUUUCGAAUAAGAAGCCUGAUAGAACUGCACAGGAAAACUCUGAGACCAAACGACGACCAAUUAUUCGACCAGCUGCCUACUCAAAUAUUCCAUCUACUAACACGGAAUCCGACAAAAGACGUCGACAUCAUCGACACAAAUAUUCAUCUAAAAAGCAUCAUUACAAUUCGAUCUCCUCAUCAUCUUCGUCAUCUGACCGAGAAACCGAUCAAAACCGUUAUAAUUCAAUAAACUUACUGACAAAUAACUCCAAAUCUCGUAAUUAUCGACAAAAAUUAAAUGAUAUAUCAUCCUCUGGCUCUGAAACAGGUGAUAGUUCAUCAAGUCCUAACAAACACAUAGUCAAUGUGCAUGAUCGCAGAAAAAUCUACAAUAAUAAACGUAAACAUAUUCCACGCUCUUCAUCAGAGGAUUCCCAAACAUCUUCUUUCAGUGAUGAACCGCGUUUUUCCCCAACUCAUCAUAAUCCGGUAAAAUCUAAAAGCGGUCGCCGUCAUUUAUCACCGCCCUAUGCCUACCGAAUCGAUUAUGAUAAGUCACAUAAAAGCAAACAUCAUUCAUCAUUGCGAUCUGCACCAAACGGUGAAAGUGGUCGUAUAUUGCGUGAGCACUCUAACCAUCGUCUAGUUUCGAGUCGACAUCAUGAUCAUCACCGAAGGUAA